AGCACUUUUGUAAGAAGAUGUUAAAUAUCGCCGGUGGAUUUCGUCGUUUACAUUUUACUAGGGCCAUCUGCUUCAAGGUAUUCUGUACACGAUACCCUUAUGCACAACUUUGUAAGGUUAUAAAGUGUGGGGCAACAUCAAAGAUAAAACAUAAAAAAGAUGAAUAUUAAAUGUGAUUCUUGUCUACCUGCUCGCCUACGCCGCAGGAAAACUAACAAUACACAAUUUGAGCAUCUUCGUUGACGAAUUACUCAGAAAUUGCGACACACUAUACGCAGCAUGGCCUUGCACGUCUGGGGCCUAGUAGCCAUCAUCAUCUUCUACAUCCUCAUCUUCAUCUUGGGUAUCUGGGCGGCAAGGAGGAAUAAGAAACGAGGGAAGGAGGAGAAGAGUGAGGACAUCUUGUUAGCAGGGAGAAAUAUUGGGCCGUACCUUGGCAUUUGUACUCUGACAGCUACCUGGGUGGACGGCUCUAUGAUCAGUGGUGUUGCCGAGGGUGUCUACACUUCCGGUCUGGCUGCUCUCCAAAUGCCGCUAGGGUAUUCCAUGAGCACGGUCGUAGCUGCAUUAUUCUUUGUGAAGAGGAUACGCCAGGAUGGCACAGUCACUAUGCUGGACCCCUUGGAACGGAAGUUUGGUAAAAUUAUGACCGGGUUUCUGUUUCUGCCAGCGCUGUCAGGAGAUAUGUUUUGGUGCGCAGGAACCUUGUCGUCAUUAGGUACCACCUUGACCGUAGUGGUUGGACUAGACCACUGGAUCGCCAUCACGGUGUCGGCUGCUGUGGUCCUGAUAUACACGUUGUUUGGGGGCCUUUACUCGGUCUCCUACACCGACGUCAUGCAGAUGGUUUUCAUAUUCCUCGGCUUGUGGAUAACCAUUCCAUUUGCUAUGACAAGUCCAUAUAUGACGUCACUAUCAGAGACAUCACAGAACUGGGUUGGAACCAUCCAUAGCCGUGACGUCAGCACUUACGUCGAUGUGACGUUACAGUUAGUACUAGGAGGGAUACCGUGGCAGGUCCUGUGGCAGCGUGCCCUGGCGGUGAAAUCAGUUAAGGUGGCGAAAGUGACCAUGUACGCAGGCGCAUUUGGAAGUAUUGUAUGUACCAUUCCCCCACUUCUCAUUGGGAUGACUGCAGUGUCUGUCGAUUGGAAUUCCACAGAAUAUGAAGGAGAACUUCCUUUUGCGGAAGAUGAUGUAAAACUGAUCGCACCUCUUGUUCUGCAGUACGUCUGUCCUUUUGCUGUUUCUCUGAUUGGUCUUGGUGCCAUUUCCGCUGCAGUGAUGUCGUCUGCGGACUCCAUCUUGCUUUCGUCCAGCUCCAUGUUUGCUAUCAAUGUUUACAAACCCGCCCGAAUGGGAAAGGCCAGCGAACGUGAGAUUAUUUGGGCUAUGCGAGUAUUUAUGACACUUAUGGCCAUUCUGACCACGGUGUUGGCCAUCGAGAUCACCAGCAUCUUCGCUCUUUCCAUCUUGAGUUCCGACCUGAUCUACGUCAUCCUGUUCCCUCAAUUGACGGCAGCCCUGUUCGUAGACGCAGUCAACAUCUACGGGUCCAUUGCUGGGUACGUCUUGGGAUUGAUCAUCCGGGUACUUAGCGGAGAGCCGUUGUUAGGUCUUCGAGCAGUUCUGCGGUGGCCUUGGUAUGAAGCUGAGACGGAUUUCCAGCCGUUCCCCUAUAGGACGGGUUGUAUGCUGCUCAGCUUGAUAACUAUUCUGCUCGUGUCACACGUCACAAACGUCGCUUUCCGUGCUGGUUGGUUGCCAAGGAGAUGCGAUGUUUUCCAUGGCGUCUUGGGGGGCCAGAUCGAAAAGGAGGCUACGUCUGAGACACAGACUGCUCAGAAAGGAGCUAAGGAAAUGGAUGAUGGAGUUAGUCUUGACGUUUUUCCCAAUAAAGAUAAACAAGAGUCCGAAUAG